CACUUUGCUUCCACUUUCUGGUAUCUCCUGCCUGUUCUUCUAAGUGGAAAAGAAGAGAGAAAAAUUUAUAUAUAAGUACAUCAAAGGGUGAAACCUGUUCUCCUGUGCUUAGUACAACUUCUCCAUUUUGUUUCCUCACCAGCUCGCAACCAUGGCUUUUCCAAACCAAUCCAUGUCAUCAGUUUCACCACAGAGAAGGAUGGGAAGGGGAAAGAUUGAGAUCAAGCGGAUUGAGAACACCACCAAUCGUCAAGUAACCUUCUGCAAGCGCAGAAAUGGCUUGCUCAAGAAGGCAUAUGAGUUAUCUGUUCUUUGUGAUGCAGAGGUUGCUCUAAUAGUCUUUUCAAGCCGUGGCCGCCUCUAUGAAUAUGCAAAUAACAGCGUCAAAGCAUCAAUUGAGAGAUACAAGAAAGCAAGUUCAGAUUCAUCUAACGGCAAGUCCGCUUCUGAGGCUAAUGCUCAGUUUUAUCAGCAAGAAGCUGCCAAAUUGCGAGUGCAAAUCAGCAAUCUACAAAAUCACAACAGGCAAAUGAUGGGUGAGACUUUGAGUAAUAUUAAUGCCAAGGACCUCAAAAACCUGGAGACUAAAUUAGAAAAAGGAAUUAGCAGAAUUCGUUCUAAAAAGAAUGAGUUGCUAUUUGCAGAAAUUGAGUACAUGCAAAAGAGGGAGAUAGACUUGCAGAAUAAUAACCAGCUUCUUAGAGCAAAGAUAGCAGAAAGUGAGAGGAGCCACCACAACGAUAACGUGUUACCUGGAGGCACAAACUAUGAAUCCAUGCAAUCUCAGUUUGACUCUCGUGGCUACUUCCAAGUUACUGGAUUACAACCCAAUAAUCACUAUGCCAGGCAAGACCACACGUCCCUUCAAUUUGUGUAA